CAAAGAGAUUAAAUGCACAGUGCAGACAUACUGGAGGUUUCACCAUGUCUGUCUGCAAAACGGAUCAAAUGCUUGUGUUUCUUCUCGUUGUGAUGGCAGGAGCAGAGGUGCAGGAAAACAUUUCACCGGAGUGUAAGCAGUUCCUGUACAUGGGGACGCUGCCACGGGGGCUUGAGGAGCAUCCACUUAAGAAGAUCUGUCAGUUCUAUGCAGGCAAGCCACGAUUUGUUACCCUGUACGACGCCUUCAACCACAUCCCUGUUUAUUCCGCAUACACCUUCAAACGCUCCGAUGGCUCCAAGAAGGUUGAUGUGCCUUGGAUGUAUGAGCCGCAGCUCCACAUGGUGUCUGGCUCCAGAGAAAUGCAGCAGUUUCCUUCAAAAGAUUUACAUAAGGGUUUUGAGGAUUCUCAGGCUGUGCUUGACGACUACUCCGACUCUGUGAUAUUUGAACGUGGUCAGCUGAAUCCCGACGAGCACCAGGCCCACCCAGACGAUAAAGCAGCCACAUACACGCUGACCAAUGUAGUCCCUCAAGUGCGAGAGUUCAACAUCGGUCCUUGGAAAGACCAUGAGCACACCAUACGGAAGAGGCUCAACAACUACUGCCGUGGCACAGCCUACGUGGUCACUGGGGUCACUACAUCAGGGCACACAAUCCGUCGCCAUAACAUCAACCGCCUCAGAGUCCCUAUCUACCUCUGGUCGGCCUACUGCUGCAUCGACUUUGACCACAAUGCCCCAUACUCUGAGCGCUCAAAGUUCCCUGCGUUUGCAGCUCAUGGGCUCAAUGACAGGGAGAAUAAUAGGGUGCAAGAGAUGACAGUGCAGCAGCUGGAGAACUUCCUGAAAAGGGUAACUUAUGUUGGCAGCCACUUCCAGAUAUUCUAUGAUAACUGCGUACCUCCUAACAGUGCCGUGCCAAUGCCUUGAAAACAGAAAAAGAAAUUAGGCUUUGCAAGUUACGGUAUCAGUGACCAUUAGGUAAAAUAUUCCCAUUUAAUUUAAUAUUGAUGUUAAAAAAGUCUUUAUGGGGCUGUAAAUGUCAUUUUUUUUUCUCUCCAUUAUCACCUUGAGUAUUUUUUCAUUUAACUAUGCUUUAUUGUAGUGUACUCUGUAAUCGCAGUUAGAAAAAAAAAAAAAAAAACCUAAGUUCAGAACCCCAAAAGCCCAUUUUAACCCUGAAAACACAUUUGUAUUUGUCAAACAUUAAAAAAAGUCCUACAUAUACUCUAGU